UUUCUUUGUUUAUGCAGGCUUCUGCUCGAAACUAAGGCACGCUGCCUCCGGUCAUCUCAGUGGAGACGUACAGACUGUCAAGUAACCGUUAAGUUGUAAAACAUCCAUUGUGGAACAUAAGGAAGAAGAGGUCUGGAGAAGCUGUGGUUGUCUGAACAAAAGGCACCUUGAAGGUUGUGCUGCUUGUGCUAGUAUUUGCUGUGGGUAGGCGUUGCUGCUGGAGACCUGGGUCAGGGCGAGACCUGGGUCAGGGCUGACCAACUGACGUUGGAUAGAAAGACAGACAGUCUGGCUACUACGGGGCUAUUGUCUGGGAGAAGAGUUGCUGGUAAGCUGCCUGUGGAGUGGCGUGACUGCUGCUUAUACAAGGUAUGGCCUCACAACUGCAAGUGUUUUCACCGAUGUCAGUAAAGUCCAGUGCCUUCUGUAACGUGAAGAAAUUGAAAGUGGAGCCCUCAAACUGGGAUGCAGGACAGGGCACGGCCACAAAAUAUUGCAAUCUGAGUGAAAACCCACCAGUGACUCCAGGACAAGGAAACUCAUCACAUCAGCCAUCUAACAGUCUCCUCUCUUAUGACCAGGGCGUACAGCACCCAACCACGUCUGGGCGUAUCUUGGUUCCGAGUGCUGAGAGCGUGAGCAGUUCGACAGCACUCUCUGUGGGGUUGUCCAAUGGAGUUCAGAGUUUGACGCGUAGGAGCACAGUCAAAUUGUUGGAUACGUAUCAAAAAUGUGGUUUGAAGAGAAAAAGUGAGGAGAUUGAUAGCAGCAGCAGUGUGCAAAUAAUUGAGGAACAUCCGCCUCCGAUGCUUCAGAACAACACAGGCAGGACUGCGGUGGGUAAUGCUGCCACCACCACCACAUCUACUGUGACUUCAAAGAAUGGCAGCUCCAGUAAUGAGGGGGAUUAUCAGCUGGUUCAACAUGAAAUACUUUGCUCAAUGACCAAUAGCUACGAAGUAUUAGAGUUUCUGGGCCGUGGCACAUUUGGUCAGGUGGUAAAAUGUUGGAAAAGGGGCACUAAUGAAAUAGUGGCUAUCAAGAUCUUGAAGAACCAUCCGUCCUAUGCACGGCAGGGACAGAUCGAGGUGAGCAUUCUAACUCGGCUGAGCACUGAGAGUGCUGACGAUUACAACUUUGUCCGCUCCUAUGAGUGCUUUCAGCACAAGAACCACACCUGUCUGGUUUUUGAGAUGCUGGAACAGAAUCUGUACGACUUUCUCAAACAGAACAAGUUCAGCCCUUUGCCAUUGAAGUACAUUCGACCUAUCCUGCAACAGGUGGCCACUGCCUUAAUGAAACUAAAGAUCCUUGGCCUGAUUCAUGCAGACCUUAAACCAGAGAACAUCAUGCUGGUGGAUCCACAACGUCAGCCCUACAGGGUGAAGGUUAUAGACUUCGGUUCAGCCAGUCAUGUGUUAAAAGCUGUUUGUUCCACGUAUCUUCAGUCUCGGUACUACAGAGCUCCUGAGAUUAUUCUUGGGCUGCCGUUCUGUGAAGCAAUUGACAUGUGGUCACUGGGCUGUGUGAUAGCAGAGAUGUUUUUGGGAUGGCCAUUGUAUCCAGGAGCGUCAGAGUAUGAUCAGAUUCGCUACAUUUCUCAAACACAAGGUUUACCAGCUGAGUACUUGCUAAGUGCAGGAACAAAGACGACAAGGUUUUUUAACAGAGAUCCAGAUUCGGGAUAUCCAUUGUGGAGACUUAAGACACCAGAAGAACACGAGUUAGAGAUGGGAAUUAAAUCGAAGGAAGCCAGAAAGUAUAUUUUCAACUGUUUGGAUGAUAUGGCACAGGUGAAUAUGCCAAAUGAUUUGGAGGGAACGGACAUGUUGGCGGAGAAGGCAGACCGAAGGGAAUAUAUUGAUUUGUUGAAGAAAAUGUUGACGAUAGAUGCUGACAAGAGAAUUGACCCGUUAAAAACCUUGAACCAUCCAUUUGUUACAAUGACACAUCUACUUGACUUUCCCCAUAGCAAUCAUGUGAAGUCCUGCUUUCAUAAUAUGGAGAUUUGCAAACGGCGAGUGAACAAUUAUGACGUGGUAAACCAGAAUAAAAGCCCGUUUAUUGCACACGUUGCCCCAAACACAAGCACAAAUCUGACGAUGGCCUUCAACAACAUGCACAAUCAGGCCAGCACGCUAGCUUCUACCUCUGCAACAGCUGCAAAUUUUUCCUUGACCAACGCUGACGUCUCUCUGCUCAAUUACCCAUCUGCCAUCUACCAGCCUACAGCAGCACCUAUGGCGGCAGUUGCACAGCCCAGCAUGCCUUUGCAGGCUGGACCCACACAGCUGUGCGCACAGCCUGACCCAUUCCAGCAAGCCCUCAUUGUGUGCCCAGCAUUUCAAGGGCUGCCACCAUCUGCAAAGCAUUCUGGCUUUUCUGUCAGAGUGGAGAAUGCGAUGCCUGUCGUGCCACAGGCACCUGCUCCACAGUCCAUUCAGAUUCAGCCCAGUGUGCUCACGCAGGGCAGCUGCACACCGCUGAUGGUGGCCACUCUACAUCCUCACGUUGCCACUGUUGCUCCGCAGUAUGCGGUUCCUUUUACCCUGAACUGCACAGCCGGCCGGCCUGCGCUGGUCGACCAGACGACCACAGUACUGCAGGCGUGGCCUGGAGGAACCCAGCAAAUCCUUUUGCCGUCAGCUUGGCAGCAGUUGCCUGGAGUGGCUGUCCAUAACCCAGUCCAGCACGCCACUGUGAUACCAGAAACAAUGACUAGCACUCAGCAACUUGCAGAAUGGAGAAACGCACAUACAGGCCAAUAUAAUGCCAUCGUGCAGCAGCCAUCUUUGUUGGCUAGUCAUGUGACUUUAGCAGCUGCACAGCCCCUGAAUGUUGGCGUUGCCCACGUGGUCCGCCCACAGCAAAGCUCCACCACCACAUCCUCCAAGAGGAGCCGGCAGCAGCACACAGCAAGGUAUAAACCAGCAGUGACCUCAUCUUCUGCCAGGAAUCUCUCUGUGUUGGACAUCACUCCCUCCCAGACGUACAUGGUGGUUCAGAACAGCCCUGCCAGUGUAUCGUCCCCAUACACCAGCACAACACACGAUAACCAGCGGCAACCCAUUGUGAUUCCUGACACACCCAGUCCGGCUGUCAGUGUCAUCACCAUCCGCAGUGACACUGAUGAAGAGGAAGACAAUAAGUACAGGCUUGGGAGCUCCGGUGCGAAACCACGAUCCAAUGUUAUCAGUUACGUCACAGUCCACGAUUCACUAGAGUCUGACUCGUCCAGUAGCAGUAGUCCUUACUCCGAGCGGUUCGGAGCAGUUCACGGUAGCAGCAGCCUCCUAGAUGUUUGCAAAAAUGUUUUGGAUACUGGUCAUAGUGCAAGUUCUCGGACUAUCAUUGUACCCCCUCUGAAGACUCAAGUCAACGAUAGCAUUGUAGAAAACAACAGUUUGUCAGGCUUUCUCUCAAACGUUUACAAGGCUAAAACGGGCUUGGCUAUGAAUGGGCAUUCCUCAAACACCACCAUGCCAACCAUGUACCGGCAGCAGCGCUCCGCCAUCAGCACUCUGCAGCCCCUGAACCUCAGUCAGGCCCAACAAUCUGGAUCCAUAUCUCAAGAACGAAGUGUGAAUCCUGCUCCCCGCAGGCAACAAGCCUACGUGACACCCACCCUGGCUCAGGCUCCUUACACUUUCCAACAUAACAGCCCUUCGCACCCGGGUGUUCACCCUCACCUGACUGCAGUGUCGGCUGCCACGCACCUUUCAGGACAGCCUCAUAUGUAUACCUACGCCCCAGCUGCCUUGGCGACCACCAGCUCCAUGGCCCACCUCCUGAACCCACAAGGCUCCUCCCGGCACGCCCUGCAACAGGCCACGUAUGCAGCUCACCCAACCAGCCUGCUCCACCAGGUGCCAGUCAGCAUGGGGCCCAGUCUGCUGCCAGCCUCCAGUGUGGCUCCUAGCCAGUACCAGCAUCAGUUUGCCACCCAGUCGUACAUUAAUGCCUCCAGAGCCCCUGCUCUUUACACUGGUUACCCACUCAGCCCUAAAAUAAAUCCGUAUUCUUACCUGUAGAUCUCUCACUCACAAUGUGCUGUGCUACUGUAUGGGAUCUAGACCAAUUCUGUAUGAAGGAGGAGUGCACUUCAUUCCAUUUGACCGAAAUUCUCCUGUGGUGGCUGGUCAGGCGUGUUCAGCAAUCUGCAGUGCAGGAGACGAGUGUUUUUAACCUGUCAUUUUCUUUUCCCCAUGGAUGAUGGAUAUAGAUCAUGAUUUUAAAUGUAUUUUAAAAUGGUUUGGGAGUUUAUUUUUAAAGGACAAAUUAAUGUUUGUUUUAAACGUAUUGUUGCUUUUCUUUACCAGCCUCUCGCCUGAACACACUGAUAAAUCUGUUAACUUUAAAUGGGUUUAUGCUGCUGAAAGUGUUAAUACUAUAGCGUGGGAAGUUCAUAGAAUACAUUUUAUAGCUCUAUUACAUAGUGACAGUGGUGAGUAAUGGAUGUCCUGGUUUGCUUGGCUAGCACUUUGAAGCCUGGAUUAACCCUGAUGUGUGUUAACUCACUAAUGAACACCUUCAGGCACAUUGCUGAUUCGUGGUACUAUUGGGCAUUUGAGAAGAGGUUCCAAAUUUCCAACCAAUACUCAAUUGUCUAUGAAAUAGGCAAAACCGAAAUUGUCUCAAUUUUAGGAUAUUGUCAUAACUUGAAAGCAUACUAAUGCAGAAUUUUCUUCCAGUAUUGGUUUGUGCAAGCGGUAGAGGAUGCAAUUACGUGCGAAAGCAGGAAUUGGAAAGCUAAGGCUGCUUUUGUCGGGAUUAAACCUUUCAGCCAAUGGCCGUAUACUGCUGAAACUACCCCCUGUGCGGGAUUAGUAACUUAUUUAAAGCUGUAGAUUCAAUCAUUAUUUCAGUGAAUGUUUUGAACCAGUUUGCUUUGUGAACUUCACCUGCCAAUAUCUUCAUGGUGGUUGAUCAGGAGCAUGCAAUCAUGUGAUUGCUUAUGGAUGUGCAGCCAAUGGGUGAAUUGGGAAACGUCUGAUUUUGAUGGGUGGGGAGGGAGGGAAAGAGCGUUCAUAGAGGUUAGUGACUGCUGAGCUGUGAGAUGUGCUAAGUUAUCACUUGACGUGAUCCAUGAUUUAUUCCCUUCAUGUGGAGGAGAACCGCAUUCUCACCAUGUGUGGGCUCUUGAGUGCAUAUGUACUGAAGCGUAUCUGCUCCUGGAUUGCUGGCGUGUUGCAUAUCACUGCUCUUGGAGCACUGUUCAGUUCCUGAUAAUGCUACUUCCUAAAAGUGAGGAACUGUCAUGAAAUUGUGUCCUUAGUAGCGUCUGGAAGUGUUCAGAACCCAGCCUGAGUCCUGCCUGGAGUGUAGUGUGCCACACAGGCUGCUGAAAGGCCUUCAAUCACCAGCAGGUGUGGCACUGUCCCAUGUUUGGGUAAAAAACAGUGGUGAUUACUGGAGCAAUACCCUCUGUACAUAAGAGCCUGGUUGGUUUAUUGUAAUGAGUAAUAAGACUUCUGCACCAUCACAGCAGGAGCAGGAAAGGUGUGUAAUUCCGAGCUUUCAACAGAUUUAGCUGCAACAAUCUUGUUGAUGAAAUGUCAAUUAUGAUACUUGAAUUCUGUAUUUUAGUAGUCUUGUUUUAAUUCCUUGACAGCCUGAAAGGGGAUUUUUUUACAUACACAGCUCAGCUUGCAGAAGAAUUAGGUUGGAACGUGUUGGAAUGUACACGCAGUGUCAUUAAAUGCAUUUUGGAACUUUUUAAAAACGUUGCAGCACUGACAAAACAAAGCGAUUGUUAAAGUGGUUGCAGAAGCCCGCACCUAUGUGUUCUGAAUGGAAGUAGUUCUUUGACUCAGUUUUUGCACAAGUGUGAAUGUUGUGGGGGUUUAUUUGAUGAGUUAUUUCCCCUAGUAGUGCCUUAACAGAUUUUUACAUAGUAUGUUGAAUUAAUACUCCUACACUGUGCUUUAGAAAUCCCCACUUGUUGCAGUUAGCAAAUUGUUGGACUCGUGCAUAAAUGUAUUUGGAGGACUUUUUGGAGAGUACAAAACAGUGAUGGGGGAAAGUAGCACCGGAAAAGAGUAUUGUGCUGUCAAAACUGAAUUUAAAUCAUUUUUAAUCUUUAGUCUUUUUAAAAUUCAGUUGAGUAUUUUAAUUGAAAUUCCCUUUAGUUAAAAAGGGAAGUGAAAUUGAAGCAGUGUUGUUUUUUCCUCUGAAGCUUUUAAUUUUCAUUACCAAGUUGGCACAUAUAAUCCGCUCCUUUUAAUGCAGGAAGCUAGUUAGAAUGUGAAACUGCAUGUAUCUGUGUACUGUCUUAUUAACUUUGUUCCUUUAUUAUGUUGCUUAGUGUGGCUGAGCAAACCGUGUUUUGUGUGUGGGUAGUGCAGUAUUUUGUUUUUUUAAUGAGUUUUGGACAAGAAAAAUUAUGUGCAAUUAGCUUUAGGUGUUUGCAUUCCUAGAUGUGUUUUUUAUUACUUUUUUUUAAAAGUAGUUUAUGGAUGCUACAGUUCCUUGUGACCGUCCGGUGCAGUUCUAUGUUAACCCUGGGAGGCCCCUGGCUGGGGUGUCGCGCAGGCCACUCUGUAGAUGGCCUGCAAAGCUCAUGUACAUCACACCAAAGAAAGCCCAUUUACUCUGCCUCCCCUCACAGGGCAUGAAAUCAGGGGGAAUCACACAACAAAAUUGAAAGUUCUCUUUUAAAACAUUUCAGCCGGGUGUCUGACACACGGGGAAACCCAUCACCAGGCUUAAAAAUAUCCGCACCAACCUGAGAAUUCCCACCCACACUUGGAAAUUCAUUUAAAAAGUCUGUCGUAACCCGCAAGCCAUUCCAGGAGGCUAUGUAAUCCAACCUGCUGCUCAGUGCUAUGUCUUUAAAACGUCCAGCACACACUUCUCCUUUCUCUUCAAAAUGUUUUUUUUAUAAAGUCAUUUAAUUAGUGUCGUUCUCUUUCUGUAUCUCCCCCCACCUCCCCCAUUUCAUGCACUGGUUACAAAGGAUUUGAUGUGUGCUCAGUAGAAGGCCCUCAGAGAAAAGUGUGUAUUGUUCACUGGUGUAGCAGGAUUCAGUGACAAUGCUGGGAAGGAAACGGUGGUGGUUGGGUUGUUUCUGUAGCAAACCUUUAAUCCUGUAACCUGUUGGAGUGGGCAGACUUUUUGGAGCAGUUUUAAUCAGUUAGUGAGAAAUGAUCAUUUAGUUCAUGGAAAUGUACUGGACAAGAAUCCUGUUUUUACAAAACAACUUUUUAAGUGCUCUAAAGUGCCACUUAAUCAGCAUCACAUGGUCAGGUUACUGUUUCUGCACAAUCUUUACAGUAGGUGUUCUAUCUUGUGCACCGUAUAGGUAUGUACAUGUCAUAGGUUGGAAUGUCGUGUGGUUUCCAGUUGUUGACGCCCUGUUCUGAUCAAGCGGACUGAAGGUAAUUGAUGUUGGAAUGAUUUGUUUCAAAAGGAAACUUUUCGGAAUGGGAACAAAGUGUGUGAGAGAAAGAGAGAGAGAGAGAGAGAGAGAGAGAGAUAUCCUCCUUGGCAUUUGGCUUCUCGCAGGUAACGGUGUGCAGAGCUCUGAACCCCAACAAACCACCUUUAAUCUUGACUUCAAGGAAUAUUGUUGAAGUUGAAGGUAUAAGAGUGUCUGGAGGUGUUGCCUUGACCCUGUUAUGUGGUCCAGCUUAGUCCUGUGUAGAUACAAGUUUGGCACCCAAUCAUAAUGGAACAAAUGUACUGAUGGGAGCUAAUUCCAUGCCCCUGUGGGUUGUUUUUGGUGCUGGAGCCUUUGAUUGUCUGGAGUCUGUCAUCUGUGCAACGUGUAGGAUUUCUGAUGUGCUCAGUGCUGACUCUUGCCUUUUCUGAAACUACAAGUUAUUGGCGUGAUGUGGCAUAUUAUAGUUUUGGUCUGCUGCGUGCUUUUUAUUGGUGCAUUUAAGUGCUUAUUUAGGGUCACCCAAUAUAAGGCCAUUUUGAGCUGACGUUCAUCCUUAUGCCAGAUUAUUAAAUGGCUUAAAAUCCGGUGGCACGUGUUGAUAGGUUAGUAACUGAGGCCAAAGGGCUGUACACGUCUGUGUUCUGCCAUUGGGGGUAAUGCCCAUUGUUUUUCCCUCUCUAAACGCUGUGUGCCUGCCGUUUCAUGGGCAGCUCAAUUAGAUGCCCAGGUGAGAGCCAUGAACCAGGGAGUUUUUUAAUAUCAGAUUCUGGAUGGUUGUGUAAACUGUUUUGGGGAGGGAUAAUCUGAUCUCUAGCACAGGGCUUCGAUGGGAACUUUCUGUGGGAUUUUAUUGUGGAAAGGAGCGAAAUGCCAAAUUUUGGACAUUUUUAAAAUUUUUAUUUAUGGAAACAUUUGCCCAAGGAAUAAUGCUGGUUUCUGACCAUAUAAACGCAGGUCAAACUUGAUCUGUUGGUGAACCUGCAAAGUGUCCGCGCACCUUUAGUACUAUUUAGUAACAAAAACUUGUCUGUUUUGUACGGAAGCUAUCUGUAUCCUGUGUAAGUCAUUUAGCAUCUAUAAUGUCCAUUUAAAGAGAUAGGCCUGCACUGGGUUUGUUUGAACAUCAUGGGUUGACGUGAGACUAACUCAUCUAAUGAACCACGUCACUGCUGUCUUCAGUAGAAAGGCAGAUUGAUUUUUUUUCGCGUGAAAGGACACUAGAGGGCAGAAGGAAAUCGAGACCGAACUUAAUUACAGGUAACUUCCAAAGUAGUUCUGGCAGCCAUUUGUUGUGUAUUUUUAUAUAUUAGAGGACUUUGAUUUAAGCUUCUGUGGGGAAUGGGUGUUGAACUGAUCCAGUAGAGCAAACUGAUGAGAUAUUUUUUAAACACCCUGUGUAGGCUGCAAAAGGACUGUCUCUUUAAAAUAUAUAUAUAUUAUAUAUAUUUAGGGUUGACUUAUAUAUGGUUACAUAUAGGUGUGUCUUUAUUUACUGUUGGCUGCAGCAUGUUUCCUUUAUUUUGCUGUCUGUUUCUGCAUUUACCAAUGCUAAUCAUAUGUGGGUGAACGUUAGUAUUUUUUACUAGAAUGAUUGUAGCGAAUGCCACAAUGUUAGUAGCCUACGUGCUUGUAUCAUUGAUAUUGCUAUAAUAGAUUAUUUGACUGGUUUGUAUAAUGUUAUUUGCUACACUAGUUCUUGUAUGAACUGCAGUUUCUUACUUUUUGAUAUAGCUAUGUGAUUAUCACAUGUAAUGUGUAGGCAGCUCAUAGAAACGAUUGAUCUUUCUAUGCUAGUCUGGCAGUAAAACUGUAGAGGUUAUUGUAAAAAAAUAAUAAAUUUAACAAAAGAGAUUAUAGUUAUUUAAAAAAAAGUUCAUAAUACUAACUUUAAACUGGGAAAGGGGGGUCAUUGUGAUGAAACUGUUUUAUCUUGUAAUUCACUGUUAUAUUGUCUUUGGUUUCCAAAGUAGCUUGUCUUCUGAUUGAAGUAUUUUCUACAUACAGUAUGUUAGAAACGCAUUGAAUUACCAAUAAAAUGGGUUACAUUUGUGUA